AUGGUUAUAUUAUUAUCAAGUGAUCUUGCUUUGUUAAAAACUAUUGUGCUGGAAAAUAGUGUUGUUAAGGGAUACCAUGCAUACCAAAUCAAACCACCAAUUACAGAUCCACCAACUAAACUUAGGGUGGACAGAGAGUACACUAACAUUGUUGAUCGAGAUGCCUGUCUAGUAUGGUUGCCAGAACUUGAGGAGUUCGAUGAAAAACUGCAUGACGUGAUUACAGACCACCAGAGGCACUUAAAAUUAUCAGAUAUUGCUGGUUUGCCUAUUGGACAUGCACCCAGAGUGUUAGCAGGGUUUUUCAGGACUGUGCUAGACGAAGAUGGCAGUGUGUAUGCUGUUGCUACUGGUGAACCCUGUCAGAGCUUUCCUCCCUGGCCAGCACCUGAGGACAAAGGUGGUGGAGCAGUUAUCCCUUGCUCCUAUUAUAUUACAAGUACACCAAGCAAAUUCGAAUAUAACCUUUCCUUGUUGAGCUCUACUUUGGAAAAAAUGGCAGAAGGUUCAGUUAUGAAAGUGUCAUGUAUGUAGUUAUUUGUACAUGUAGAUAUAUCAGUUUUGAGCACACUCUGUGACAUUGAUCUGAACAUUAUAAUUAUAUAAUGUGUACUUUUCUAGUCCUUUUGUAUGUUGUCUAUUUGAUUAUUCUUUGAUUUACUGUGAUUGCCCUGUUCAACCAAUUAUUUAAGAUCAUGAUCUCAAUCAGUGUUUACAUGCUUUAAAAUCUAGUCAUUUUGUAUGUUGUCUAUUUGAUUAUUCUUUGAUUAACUGUGAUAACCAUGUUAAACCAAUUAUUUAAGAUUAUGAUCUCAAUCAGUGUUUACAUGCUUUAUAAUCUAGUCAUUUUGUAUGUUGUCUAUUUGAUUAUUCUUUGAUUAACUGUGAUUACCCUGUUAAACCA